UCAUAUGAAUAUAGAAUAGAUAUACUUGGCAUAUAAUAAACAUCUAUAUAUUAAUAACUAAAAUAAUAUGAUGUACAUUGUCUAUUUUAUUUGUUCAUUGUAUAUAUAAUAUACUGUAGAAUUUUAAACUCUAAUAAAGUUGAUCUAGUAACAUAGAUCUUGAGUCAAGUCUUCUAGUUUACACUCAAGUCUAGGGUAGUCUCUCAGUAAUCCAGACUGUCUUGAGUGUAGAUCAUAGUAGAUGUAAAUAAAAAUAAUUCUUCAAAAUGGGAAAUACUAAUAAUAAAACACCUUUGCGAAAGACGCAGUCAGUUCCUGAUGUUACACCCCAGAGACUUUCGCCAGAUGCUCAAGUCUCAUUUUCUAAAGAAAAGUCACUUAGUCAGCAACGACUGAACCAAAACCAAGUCAGACCUGGCAAGCCAAACAAAGGUGCUGGGAAAAAACAGAAACAUCUCUCAGAAGACCUGCCCCAACUACCCCCAGAAGACGCUGUCUUCCUGCCAGAAUUCCCACUGCGUGGAGAUUUAGAGGAGUUGGAUUUUGAAGUCAUAGAUGUCAUCGCUAAAGGAGCUUUUGGAAAUGUCAUCAAAGUGCAACGAGAAGAUCAAAAACGUUUUUAUGCAAUGAAAGUUUUAGACAAGGCUCAAAUUCUUCAGGAAAAUGCCAUCAGACAAUGUAAAGAUGAAGCAGCCAUUCAGUCAAUGGCAGGUGAACAUCCAUUUAUUGUCAAGGCUCAUGAAUACUGGCAGUCUAAGAGGUUUUUGUAUAUAGUGUUGGAUUAUGUUCCUCAUGGUGACAUGUUUACACUUUGGACUUUCCAUGGAGCUUUCCCAGAGGAUUUGGUCAGGUUAUACAUAGCAGAGAUCUCUAUGGUUAUAGAUUACCUUCACAAUGCAAGUGUCAUCUAUAGAGAUGUCAAGAUGGAAAAUAUUCUGUUUGACCCAAAAGGACAUAUUCAACUCACCGAUUUUGGUUUAGCCAAGUGGCUUAAUGGAGGAGAGCAAACACGAACAGUGUGUGGAACUCUUCAGUACAUGGCACCUGAAGUAUUGGCUGUCUAUCCAUAUGGUCACGCUGCUGACUGGUGGUCUGUGGGUAUUCUUAUGUAUGCAAUGUUAGCUGGGAAGUAUCCAGUAGAUGGUGCUGACACUCACACCAACAUGGCUCAGAAAGUGUUUGAAUGUGAUUACCUUCUCCCAAGUCACAUCAGUGACUCUGCUCAGGAUGUCAUCCACAGGUUCUUAACCAAGAGUCCCCACAAGCGUCUUAGUAAUUUGGAUGUGAUCCAGGAUCUAGAUUUUUUUCAAGAUUUGUAUUUCUCAGAUUUAAUGGAUGGAAAGAUCAAUCCAAUAACAGUUGUGCCUGAGGAUUUUUUCCCUAUGACAGGGGAAAGUUGGGCCCCCAAUGUUGUAACUGCAGAAGAGCAAAGUCAUUUUGAUCAGUUUGAUGACACAUAUGAUACUGGUCACCGUACAUCAUAUGCCAGUCAUCCUCUUCGUCAUCAUGCCAGCCAGUACAGGCCUCCUUCCGUAGCUCAGAGGCCAGACAGCUUAGAUGAACCCUAUAGGAAAAGAUCAUAUUCUCAGCCCAUGCAAGUAUUACACAGCGAACACAGAAAAGAAUCAUCUCAUCGCGAGGAAUCAGUAUCGGAUCAAUACAGAAAACAGAAUGACAUCAUUAGGAAUCAGCAAUUCACAGCUCAGCAGUCAGAGUCUUAUGAUAAACCAGCACAUGCUCAACAGCUAAUAGAAAAGUCUGAUCCAUACAGGAAGACGUCAUCUACUAGCUUGCCAUACCCCCAGCAGAUGAAUGUAAGUUCAGGUCAGAUAUAUGGGCAACAGCAGUCCCAUGUAAGUCACCCUUCUGAAGCAGCUUACAGCCGCCAGACCCCGCUUAAUCAGCAAAGACAGAUCACAGGAAGUACUGGUGCCUCUUCAUUUCCUUACAAUGGAAACAGCAUCGACUCUCCCAGUUAUCAGUCCUCUGUCAGCGCAGACUUUGCGGGUCAGUCUGGUAGUACGAGCGGUAGUGACAGAGUCAUGGACCAAAGUGGUACUCGCCUGUCAGGGCAUGGCAGGCCAAGAGUCACAUCACUGUGAAAAGAGAACUGACUUAGAGGACAGCACUCUGUCAGUAAACUGUUGUUUCUCUUCUUGUUACGUCCAUCACCAGACAACAGUCUUGGUAUCUCACAUGGAUGCGCACAUAUUUCACUCAAUUCUUAAUUAUUUUAAAACCAACUUCUUUUAGUGAUGUGUCUUUUUAAAGGCUUUGCUUUUCAAUAUGAACUAGUGACAGUUUAGAAAUAAUAUUUCAUAAAAAUUAAUUAUUGUACAUGUGCUCUUUCUUCCCUACUGGGUUUCCAUGAAUUAGAUACAAAAAUGAAUGACUUAGUAAAGGUUAGGAUUAGUAUACAUGAAUACUUAUUGUAUGUAAUUAUCUUCUUCUUUGAAAGAACAUCUGUAAUUUAUAAGAUUCAAUAGCCAGAAGAUCAAAAGAGUUGAAGGGAUCUAUUCACAACUUUCUGGGGAAGAAUAUUGGCAAUGAUUUGUUUUUGUGUAAGUGAAAAACAAAACAAAAAUUGUGUAAAUACAGAUGCUUGUUUUUUAGCUCAAUAUCCUAAUUAAGUACAUGAGUAAAUUAUGAAGUUUUAUUCUACUCAUUUAAUUACAUAAUUCAAAAGUUAAUUGUGUAUUUGAUAAGGAGAAUGUAACAGUAAAAAGUUGAAUUGUGGUGGUUUUUCUUAGGUUUUAAUUUGUAUAGUCUGUAUUAGUUUUUGUGUUUCAGAUAAAAAGGUUACAAAUGUUCUUUGAACCAUUCUCCUUGUUUGACAGUGAUAUCUCAAGAUCAUAACGCUACAUUUACCCCAGAGCCCACUUGUUACUGUAUUCUACUUCUGUUGAUGUUUGGUUGAAGUUCUUGUAUAUUGAUAUUUUACUGUUGUAUUAGUAUAUCCAAGCCACAACAUUGUAAAGGCUAUAUAAAUAUAUAUACUGUGUAUAAAAAGUUAAUGUAGAUAUAUGAUUAUUCCACUAAUCCAGAUUAUUUAAGGGGAGGAAAUGUUGUUUGCUUUGUUGACUGAUAAUCUUCCAUUCAGUUGUGAUUGUUCAUUCUAUGAACAAAGUGAUCAUCUUAAACCUGUUCAUGUGGAUUUGUACUUUUUGUAAAUAUUAUAGAAAUGUAUUUUAUUCUGCUGAGGAAGAAAACUGAACUUCUCCCUAGCGUUGAAACAUGAGCUUGAUACAACAUUGUAUUUGUGUUAUUCACGUUGACUACAUUCUUUCAAUGAAUACUUUCAUUUUGACCAACUUUUCCUUAUUUUAAAGUUCAGAUGAUAUCAACAUAACCUUUUUUUUUGCCGGGGGGGGGGGG